CCCCGCCUCUCUGACUCAGCGGCCCGGCCCCUCGCUUACACAAACUCGGCGGCUGGUACCGAGUUGGGGCCGCCGGCUUUGAAAGGGAGGAGGAGGGUGGGGGGAAGAUGCCCGCCCUGAGGGGAUGGAGCCUCCGGGGCGCUCGGUGAGGGCGGGCUUGAGGGGGAUCCCUCCCUCCUGAGGGAUUAGCGCCGGUCCCGGCUGCCCCGUCGCUGACGGCGAUUUACCUGGGCGGCAGCCUUCCUCCCUCCCUCCUUUCCCUCCCUCCCAGAGCCGGUCGCUUCGGCAGAGAGGGAGCGGAGCCCGCCUCGCCCCUCCCCGGGGAAACUUUCCGCCACCGCCCGCGCCAGGGCGAGCUAGGCAGCGUUGGCCGCGAACUUCUGGGAGACGACCCAGGCUUCGAGCAGGGCUGCGAGCUGGGCAGCGGGCGAGUGCCAAGGAGAGGAACAGUUGAUCUCUGAUAGCUUGACUCUUUCUGAUAGAAAAUGUCAAAACUUCAAUCUUGUUAAAGAAUGUCUGGAGGAAUUGACUGUGGAGGGCCUUGAUUGUGUCUUAUCUUUCCUGCGCAAUGCCAAAAUAUAGAAAUUAAGAUUUCUGUGGAUACCAAAGCUCAAAACAUAUCAAUCUCAUCAUGAUGCUUGAACAGCUGUAGCUAACUACAGGAUUUUAAAAAGAAAUCCAGCAUGGCCUAGUUGGCUUGACCUUCAGAAAAUUUAUAAUGUCCUCUGGAACCAGUAUCAGCAAAAAUCGGCAGGCUCCGAGCCUGCAGGGUGUUGACCCAGAAACAUGCAUGAUAGUGUUUAGAACACACUGGGCACAGGUUCUGAAAAUCUUAGAGAAGCAUGAUCCUUUGAAAAACACUCAGGCAAAGUACGGGGCGAUUUCACCUGAUGAGGCCAGCACUGUUCAGAAUUAUGUGGAGCACAUGCUUUUCUUAUUAAUUGAGGAGCAAGCAAAGGAUGCCUCAAUGGGGCCUAUUCUGGAGUUUGUGGUCUCAGAAAACAUCAUGGAGAAGCUUUUUCUUUGGAGCCUACGGCGAGAGUUCACUGAUGAGACAAAAAUUGAGCAACUCAAAAUGUAUGAAAUGCUAGUAACCCAGUCCCAUCAGCCUUUGCUGCAUCACAAGCCCAUCUUGAAGCCUUUGAUGAUGUUGCUGAGUUCCUGCUCAGGAACAGCCACUCCAACAGUGGAAACAGAGCUGGUCAUCCUCUUGAACCAGCUCUGCUCUAUAAUAGCCAAAGAUCCCUCCAUUUUAGAACUGUUUUUCCACACCAGCGAGGACCAAGGAGCUGCCAAUUUCCUCAUAUUUUCUCUGCUGAUUCCCUUCAUCCAUCGAGAAGGAACAGUAGGCCAACAGGCCCGUGAUGCGCUGCUUUUCAUAAUGUCUCUGUCUGCAGAAAACAACGUUGUUGCGAACCACAUAGCAGAAAACACCUAUUUUUGCCCAGUGCUAGCAACAGGACUAAGUGGCCUCUAUUCAUCUUUGCCUACAAAGCUGGAAGAAAAAGGAGAAGAGUGGCAUUGUCUCCUGAAAGAUGACUGGCUCUUGUCACCAGCCCUUGUACAAUUCAUGAAUUCCCUUGAAUUUUGCAAUGCUGUGAUACAGGUGGCACAUCCCUUGAUACGUAACCAGCUUGUGAAUUACAUUUACAAUGGAUUUUUGGUGCCAGUAAUGGCUCCUGCGCUCCAUAAGGUGACUGUGGAAGAAGUGAUGACUACUACUGCGUACCUGGAUCUCUUUUUGCGUAGUGUUUCAGAGCCAGCCCUCCUCAAGAUUUUCCUCCGUUUUAUUUUGCUGCACCGACAUGAGAAUGUGCAUAUCCUAGAUACACUUACUAGCCGAAUCAACACACCAUUCCGGCUCUGUGUGGUCUCCUUGGCAUUGUUCAGAACACUCAUUGGCUUGCAUUGUGAAGAUGUGAUGUUACAGCUAGUUUUAAGGUAUCUGAUCCCAUGUAACCACAUGAUGUUGAGCCAGCGGUGGGCUGUGAAAGAGAGAGACUGUUAUUCUGUAUCUGCUGCAAAACUGCUGGCCCUAACACCAGUCUGCUGCUCCACUGGGAUCACCUUGACACUUGAAAGCCAAGGAAAAGAUUAUAUUCUAUGGACAAAAGCAGCACAAACUAAAGAUUCUGGUAGACGCUCUUCUGAAUCUAUUUGCAUUGUGGAAUAUGGGAGAGCUGUGGACAUCAGCUACUUGCAGUAUCUGGGGGAAGCUCAAGAAGCCAUCCUCCAGUGCCUGAAAGACUGUAAGGUUUGGUCUGCCUUGUAUGAUGGAGUAAACCCUGAUCCGGACACCUUUAUCCAAACGCUUGCUGAGGAGAACAGUACAGAUGUGGAAUACCCCAUGUUUCGGCUCCAGCAAAGGGCACCUAGCACGUGUAGCUCCUCUCAAGUAACUCCAUUCGGUGAGAAGAUGCAGUUGGAGCUAGAAUGGGAUGAUAGCUAUGACACGGGGAUUUCUCCUGGAUCUGAUGUGAGCUCACCACAACCAUAUGAUGAUCUGGGAAGCACAGAGAUGCAGCCACCUGCAGACCCACCAAAACACAUUCAAGAAAUGAAAAAAAAUGCCAUCAUGCUAAUCAAAGGAUCUUACAUAGAGGAAUCAGACUUUCAGGAUGAUGUUAUUGUUUACAGGUUAUGUGCCCAGAAGGAUACUCAAGAUGAUGACAACUCUAAGGAGAAAACUUUAAAUGCAGCCAGAGAAUAUGAGGUCCAAAGCCAGACUGUAGUCAAUGGGCCUCUUGCAAAGAGCCAGCUGGAAAUGGACUUGGAUGAGCACAGUAAGAGAAAUUCAAGCUUGACUCAAGGUGUAAUGAAAGAACAAAUAAACCAGAAAAUGAUUGAGAUUGAUCCACAGCCAGACUUAGAGUUGAAGCUUUCUCCUCAGGAGACAGAUCGUAACUUAAGUGUAAGACUGCUGAGCACAGAUGGUGAGGAUUUCAUUGCACAGUAUGACAAAAUUAUUAAGGAACUGGAUCCAAACAGUGCAAGCUUGGAGGAGCAGAAGUUGGAUACUCCUGAGCCUGUCUCUCCUGCAGAAGAGGAGGACGACUUUGAGAAUUUCUCAGCAGACACCCCUUCUGUGGAGAGCACAUCAUCUCCCUUUGGACCAAAGGAGGAUGACUCUCCCAAGCACGCUGCGAGGAGCCAGAGUGCUCCAUUUACAGGACCGUUCAUCAGCGUAGUGUUGUCCAAGCUGGAGAACAUGCUGGAGAAUUCCUUGCAUGUAAAUUUGCUGCUUAUUGGGAUUAUUACUCAGCUGGCAAGUUAUCCACAGCCUCUUCUUCGCUCCUUUCUGCUCAACACCAACAUGGUGUUUCAGCCUAGUGUGCGGUCACUUUAUCAGGUGCUGGCAUCUGUGAAAAAUAAAAUUGAACAUUUUGCUUCCGUUGAAAAAGACUUCCCAGCUCUUCUCCUGGAGGCCCAGCAAUACUUGCUUUUUCGUGUGGACAUGUCUGAUGCUGCGGAAGAAUUGCUAACCAAAGGUAAUGUCCAGCACAGCAGCAAUGUGGGGAAAGGAAGGAACCUCUCUGAAGCUUACCCGGCUGUACUCCAGCCUUUCCUGGGGCAGAAAGGAAAGAAAGGCCUGGCUCAUCCCAGCCUUCCUGCGCACGUGAGGAAUGCCGUACUCGCAGCUGCCCUUUUCCCAGAGUUCCUGAAGGAGCUGGCAGCUCUUGCCCAGGAACAUUCCAUUUUAUGUUACAAAAUACUGGGGGAUUUUGAGGAUUAUUAUUAGUGGUUUUUUUUUUUUUUAAACAUGUUUUUAAAAAGCUUUUGGAGUUUAAACAGAUUUUUAAUGCAAAGCUGCUUACAAAAGAAGGUUGUACUUCAAUAUUUCCUGAAAAUACUUGAUUUGGAGGGGGAACAAGGAGACAAAAUGUUAUUCCAUGUUACCUUAUAUUAGGCCUUAUAAUUUCCCUCUGUGCUACAUAAAUUAUAUGAGACAUUCCUGAUACUGCUCUUACUGCAAUUUCCUACUUCAUCUCCUCCUCUUUACACAGCCACCCUUCUUCAGUGUCACUGAUUCCUGUUGAAUUUCUGCAAUAGACACUUGUAGGUUGGCUAAGAGAGGCAAACGUUUUAGCUUUUUCUGUUCCAGAAAUACUCUUCUGGAUAACUUGGUAGAAGACAGUUUGGAAAAAACAUUGCCCCAUGGGGACAGUUCAGGGUAUAAAAAAUAUACACAAAACCUGCACAAAACCCCUUUAUGUGAAGGGUUGUGCUUCUUUGUGGUUUUGUCCUCUUUCCCCCUUCCCUUCCUUUUCCCUGAAACAGGGUUCUUACCAAUCCACAUCUGAAGCCCUCUUUUUUAACUAGUGGCUCAGGUUUUUUGAAUACAAGUGGUCUUAUAUGUAUUAAAUACAUGACUAGUUGAAAGCAGGUGCUGGACCCUACACAUACCAUAUUGCCUUAUGUUGCAGACAGAUCUGCAGCUAUCAGCUGUUGGUCUUUGAAGUCAAAUGAACUGUGUAAGUGGAUGUGGAUUGCAGACUGCCUGGAAUUUUCCUUGCAGUUUCUCAGCAUUCUUUGAUAACUACUGCAUUGCUACCUAAACUCUCAAGCAUGCCUUAUUUAGUAAGAUUUGCACAAAGUACAAAACAAAAUGUUACUAUGCAAGCUAUAAUUAGUAUGUAGGUUUUUUUAUGCUUAUUUUAAUAAGCUAAAGAAAGGUAUUCAGUAUCUUUCAGUAGUAUUAAAAGGACAGCAGGCUGUUUUUGUCUCUCUCUCUCUUUUUUUUUUUUUUUUUUUUUUUUUUUAUGAAAAAGGUUGGCUUGCUCCUGAAAGCUGUUCUGUUUUAUUGUUAAUUUUUUGGUUAAGGGAAAGUUAAAUACUGUUUGUUUACUUUUAAUUUAGGUGUUGACUUUUCCUAAUAUUGCACUUUUGGGAUGGUGAGGGGAGGACCAGACUAUUCACCAGCUGUAGAAAAGGAAGGAGUAACAGGGAAAGCUGUCUGCUGGUGACUAACUGCUUGAGAAAAUUCUCUUCUGUGAGUAAUGGGCUUCAUUAGAAGAAUCCAAACAUGAUGAAUUGGUGCAUCACCACUGCAUUUUGUCUUAUCUUAGUAGCAUAAUUGUGCUUCCAGUGUGCUGCAGUUGGCUACAUAAAGAGGGGCUUAGUUCAAGAAAGCCUUAAACCCCUUUGUCCAGGAAAGAAACUAACAGUGACUCCAGGAAGUCUGAAGAAAUAGAAAUCAGAAAUAACACUUGCAUACAUUAGUUCUGCUCAUUGUAAUUCCAUAAUGUGGGAUGCUCAUUAAUCGCAUCCUGAUUUUGAAACACACUUUCUCAGAGAUUGCAAGGCAAAAGAACACUUUAAAAACAAAGAACAAAGACACUCCAGAAGAGUCUAAUUAAUUACAGGUCAAAUUCCUGUGGAAUUUGCAGUGCAAUUUAAGCUCCUAAAUCCUUUAGAUGCUUCUGAAAAGUUGUACCUUUAAUCUACAAGCUGUGAGACACAUUCAUUGUGUCAGACUGCUGUAGGCUGUUCCAA